UCUGUUUUUCACCUCUGUUUCCAAUCCCCUGUAGCUCAUCACUUGUUCUUUUGAUUGAUACUGUGUCUUUGUGUGAUUCUUUGUCACAAACACAGUAUCAAUCCUGUUCUUGAUCACUGACCAUGUUUUGAGCUCAUUUUUACGAUGGAGAUCGACAUGCAUGGUGACAAAUUUGAUGAAUGUUGGAAGUUUGAUGAGUUUAGUGGAAUGUGUGAGGGCAUGAGCGAUGAAAUAGUGGUUGUGAAGAAUGAGAGUGGUGUCAAGGUGGAGGAAGUGAAUGAGGAGGACGAGGCCAAGCCGAUUAUGGGGAGUAUUGCGGAGAGGAGGGCAGGGUUUGAUGCUCCCAAGAUUGAUGUGGUUCGGUUUAGGGGUGUAGGAAGUCCUGUCUCUUCUCCGAGUGGUCGGUCUCCUUAUCUUACUAUACCGGCUGGUAUAAGUCCUACUGCAUUGCUUGAUUCUCCUGUCAUGCUUCUCAAUUCUCAGGCUGCACAUUCAUCUCCAACUACUGGAACUUACCAGUCACCCUCAUUCAAUCAUGAAAGUAUGAUGCAGUCAGCCGCUGGUGCUGCAGACACAGACGGGGAUUGUGAUGUUAGUUCUUCUUUAAGUUACAAGCUUGCAGGGUUGCCAUGCGUUUCAGAGCUAGCAGAUAAGCCACCUAUAGAUUUUAAGUGCCCAGCAAAGUAUCUAAGAGAAACUGCGACAGAUAACUGUGCUACAGGCUCAACUGCUUAUGCAGUCAAUUUAUCAGAGGAUACCAUCUUUAAUGUCAGAAGUACUGCAUUAAAGCGAUCACGCCAUACAAAUACAGAAAGUGAUCAGAUGUCUCUAUUUUCAGAAACUUCCAAUGGAGUUGACACAGAGGUUUCUCGUCUACUUGAAGGACAACAGAAAGAGGCGUAUCCUCCCUUGGAAACGCUGAGGACUUCAGAAGAUGGAUAUAAUUGGAGAAAGUACGGCCAGAAACAAGUAAAAGGUAGUGAGUAUCCUCGAAGUUAUUACAAAUGUACACAACAAAAUUGUCAGGUGAAGAAAAAGGUAGAGCGGUCACUUGAUGGGCAGAUAACAGAAAUAAUCUAUAAAGGCGCUCAUAAUCAUCCCAAACCCCAGCCUAGUCGUCGAGCAAUACUUGGAUGCCAAUUUUCACCCAGUGAGACCUCAGGGAUUGAAAGCACUGCAAGCGGCAUCAAUGUUGAAGGAGGGGCAGUUUGGAGAAAUUUUCAGCUUGGGUUCAAAGAUACGAAAGUUGGUACAGAUGGUCUUGAAAGGACAUCUUCAACAUCUGUCCUGACAGAAAUAUCUGAUAUUUUAUCAAAUACUCGAGGAAAAUCAAUGGGAGCAUUUGAAUCUUCUGGAACUCCUGAGCUUUCAUCCACAUUUGCUAGUCAUGAUGGUGAUGAUGAAGAUGGUGCCACACAGGGAAGCGUAUCACUUGAAGAGGAUGCUGAGGACGGGGAAUCUGAGUCAAAGAGGAGAAGGAAAGACAGCUGCAUAAUUGAAACAAAUUUGUCAUCGAGGACAACACGUGAACCAAGAAUUGUGGUCCAGAUUGAAAGUGAAAUAGACGUACUUGAUGAUGGAUACAGAUGGCGGAAGUAUGGACAGAAAGUAGUCAAAGGAAAUCCAAAUCCUAGGAGCUAUUACAAAUGCACUAGUGCAGGAUGCCCGGUGAGGAAGCACGUGGAAAGAGCAUCUCACAAUCUAAAAUCUGUGAUUACAACGUAUGAGGGGAAACACACCCAUGAAGUUCCUGCUGCCAGAAACAGUAGUCAGGCAAAUUCAGUCGCUGCAAGUUUACCUCUAGAUCAUGUUUCUAAUUCUCAGCCUACAGUAUCUCUAUCUAGAACCACUAAUGCCCCAAAGCCUGAACCACCAGUUCCUGAUAUUGCACUUCAUUUUGAAAGAAAUCCUGCAGCACGUAAUAAUUUUAUGAGACCCUAUGUUGUUGGAAAUUUAGGCACAGAUAUGAAAUUUGGAGCUCCUUCUCUUUACCAAGUUAAAUUACCACCCCUGCCAAACUCAAUGUCUUUUGGUUCAUAUCUUAUGAACCCUGAUCACACUGACCCCCCUGCAGCAUGUUCCGUCUCCUCAGUAUUGCCUGGGUAUUCCUUUUCUUUACCAAUGACUAUCCCUGGGUCAGGAAAUAUCAAUCAAAGUGGUGUAGAUUUAAGUUGCAAUGGAAAAUCAAUGGAUUCAGUUCAUCCUUUCCUAGACGGGCAACUACACCAGAAUGAUUUGAAAUUCGUCGAGCCUAAAGUGGAGAAGGAUGAUAAUCUAUAUGGAAGCAGCCUGCCUAUUUCAGAUCAGGCAAAUUCAGCAUCCUCUUCAAUGUUCCAUCAAAUAAAUGGAAAAUUUCCAUCCUGAGCAUAUUCGAGUAUGAGAAGAAGAAUUGAGAUCAGUGUUUUUGCUACAUUGAAGCAGCCGUACUUGUCAUGCAUGACUGGUAGUUUGAUUCCCUUCCAUGCAAUUUAUCUAACCUCUAUUUCUGUACAACUGAUAAAAAUGCCAGUCCGGAUUAUACAGCAGU